UACAGGACAUAAACUAAUAUAAAAUAAUAUAUACUUUGCUCUACUGUAAAAAGGGUAUUCAAUCUUCUGUUAACUCGGAUGCUUGAUCAGUGAAGCGAUUAUUUUUAUUGGGUUUUUUUUGUGAUCUUGAUCUUCUACAGCGACGGCCGACAAUUGCCUUAACCCUCAAGAAAUGAUGUGUGUACGUAUAUUUUGACAAUCGACUAAAUUAACGCAUUCUGAGGCCUGUUGCCUCGUCAGCAUUGUUUACCGAGGGGUAUUCCGUGAUUUCGUCACUAACUGGUUCUGGUUCGGUUUCCAUUUCGUUGUGGUCCGCUGUUGGUUCUGCAAUUUGCGUAGAAUUACUUGGCAAUGCGUAGCGCGUACUGAGCUUCUUAUGGCCGUUCAUUGGGCAUACAAAUACAGCGGGUAUAUAAACGCAAAGCACUUCACAAUUGCAAUUUAGUUUCGUUACCGAUUCGGUGGCCGACACAUCCACAUACAUUGAUUUCACACUCGGAAUGGCGCGCUUGUGUUGUCUGUUGGCCGUAUUGGCGCUUGUCGGAUAUGGAGUUGCAGCGCCGGCGCCUAUCAAGGGCGAGGGACGCUCGUUUGGAUUGCUCGGCGGUGGCUUUGGCGGCAGCGUUGGACUGAGCGCAGGCGUUGGCAUAAAUACGGGACUCUAUAGUGGUUUCGGCGGUGGUGGCGGCGGUGAUUACUAUACUGGAGGUGGCUCCUACUACCCCGGCAGUGGCUAUUAUCCAGGUGGUGGCUAUCAUCAUGGUGGCGGUCAUGGCUUCGGAGGUGGUUACUACCCAGGCGGCGGUUACAGUGGAUAUGGACACAAGCCUUACUACGGCGGUGGCGGCGGCGGUUACUAUCCAGGCGGUGGUGCCUACAACAAUUACGGUGGAUCAUAUGGAGGCCACUAUAGUCAGUCGCAGUCACAGUAUUCCAAUAAUUAUUAUAAUGGCGGCUAUGGCGGUGGCGGCGGCUUCUUUGGCCGAUAAUCAGAGCAGAAUGUGAUUUUUACGUCUAGUUAGCUUUUACUUUUUGUACUGAAAAUCCAGAUUGUUAAAUACACGAAAUAUACAAAACAUGUGAAGCCUGGAAAGCCCCUACAAAAUCCGGUUUCUCUUGUUGCUACGGAUGCGUUGUCCUUGUCAUCGUUAUAGUUGUUGCUAUUGCUGUAUUGUUGUCUUCUUGAUUUUAAUGAGCUAAACGCGACGUGCAUAAAUUUUAUGGCCAAUGAUGCGAGAUUUAUAUUGUACGUGCCUGACUAAUAUCUCGAGCCGGGGGAGGAACAGAAUGUAAGAUUAUUCAUCGCCUUUAAUGCUAUGCUAUGCAGCAUAAAGGCAAUUUAUGGGACCACUUAAUCUAAGCACAGGUUCGCCUUAGAUAUACAUUUAUAUAUAAUUUUAUUGUUUCUCACAAAGUAAUUGUAAAUGGCUCACGAAAAUAUUUUUAGAAUAAUUGUCGGCUAAAAUAUAAGCUGCCAGUACAA